AUGCCAACCAUUCCAAAAACCUAUAAACUUUCCAGUGGCUACCUUUUGCCAAGCUUAGGGCUCGGAACUUACGAUAUUCCAAGAGCUGAAACCGCGGAAGUGGUCUAUCAAGGUCUCAAAGCUGGAUAUCGCCACCUGGAUACUGCCGUACUGUACGGAAACGAGAGUGAAGUAGCACAAGGUAUUCACAGAUGGUUACAGGAAGACCCAAAAACCAAUAAACGCAGUGACGUUUUCUACACUACCAAGUUGUGGAACUCGCAAAACGGCUACGCAAACGCCCAGCGUGCCAUCAAAGAGUGUAUGGAGAAGGCCCGGCCUUUGGGUUACAUCGACAUGCUUCUGAUCCACUCUCCGCUGAGUGGAAGUAAGCGCAGACUCGAAACCUACAAAGCCAUGCAAGAGGCCGUGGACCAAGGCAUAGUCAAGUCGGUGGGUGUGUCAAACUACGGCAAACACCAUGUUGACGAGCUGCUGGCGUGGCCAGAGCUCAAGCACAAGCCUGUGGUCAACCAGAUCGAAAUAUCGCCAUGGAUCAUGCGUCAAGACCUCGCAGACCACUGCAAGUCGAAGGGCCUUGUUGUCGAGGCAUUUUCGCCACUCACGCACGGCUACAAGCUCAAACACCCCAACGUCUUGCAAGUCGCCAAGGAAACCGGUUACGAUGCAGGCCAAGUGCUUAUCCGCUGGUCGUUGCAACACGGCUACGUGCCGCUUCCAAAGUCCCGCUCCGUGGCCAGACUCACGGGCAAUUUGAAAGCGUACGAUUUCGAACUCACCCCAGCACAAAUGUCGUUCUUGGACCAACCAGAGGCCUAUGAACCCACCGACUGGGAGUGCACCGAUGCGCCUUAA